AUGGAUUUCGCCAGGGCUCUGUUGGACCACACCAGAAGCUCUUUCGAGCUCGAGGUUCUGCUCAACCACAACCCGACAGGCGUGGCUGUGGAAUCCGGGGAACGAAUGCAUUUGCACAGGCUCAAGCUCGCCAUCAAGUACCGUCAAAAGAAGUUCGUAGCUCAUCCGAACGUGCAGCAGCUUUUAGCGAGCAUUUGGUACGAAGGAUUACCCGGGUUUCGACGGAAGAAUCUCUGCCUGCAAACUCUGGAAGUUUGCAGAAUCGGAAUCGUGUUCCCGAUUUUUUGCCUGGCCUACAUGAUAGCCCCGCAUUCGCGCAUGGGGAGGACUAUGAGGAAGCCCUUCAUUAAAUUUAUAUGCAACUCCGCUUCGUACUUCACCUUUCUCGUGCUGCUAAUUUUGGCAUCACAAAGAAUUGAAACUGUGAUUGCCGACUGGUUCGGCCUUCAGUCACUCAAAGAUUGGAUCUCGACAGACGUCACGACGAAACGUGGAGCUCCGCCGACGCUUGUUGAGUGGUUAAUUUUGGCUUGGGUCGCUGGUUUGAUAUGGAGUGAAAUCAAGCAACUAUGGGGCAUAGGCUUGCACGACUAUGUGAUGGACAUGUGGAACAUCAUUGACUUCAUCACCAACUCGCUCUACGUUGCCACUGUGUGCCUCAGGAUUGUCGCAUAUUUUCAGGUUCAAAAGGAAAUUACCUUGAAAACAGGCACAGCACAUAAUCCCAGGGAGGAAUGGGAUGCAUGGGAUCCCAUGCUGAUUGCUGAGGGACUUUUUGCUGCUGCAAACAUAUUCAGGCAAUUAUUGUUUACACUGGUGUACAUCUUUUCCAUCAACCCUUAUCUGGGACCCCUGCAAGUGUCCUUGUCCAGGAUGGUGAUGGAUAUCCUCAACUCUUUGAAGCUGGUGUACAUCUUUUCCAUCAACCCUUAUCUGGGACCCCUGCAAGUGUCCUUGUCCAGGAUGGUGAUGGAUAUCCUCAAGUUCUUCCUGCUUUUCGUGUUGGUGCUAUUCGCCUUUUCCUGCGGCAUGAACCAACUGUUGUGGUACUACGCUGACCUGGAAAAGAAGACCUGCUACUCACCGGCUGCCAAAUGGUCCGGGUCUCACCUAGUGUCCACCAACAACGGGUCUUUGAUUGCACCCCAUGCCCCCGGGGUGGGGCCUAUUCUCGAUGCAGACGCCUGCAUCGUUUGGCGAAGAUUUGCAAAUUUGUUUGAAACUUCACAAACGCUGUUUUGGGCAGCUUUUGGGCUCAUAGACUUGGAUUCGUUUGAGUUGAAGGGCAUCAAAAGCUUCACCAGGUUUUGGGGAAUGCUCAUGUUCGGCUGUUAUUCAACCAUCGCCAUUGUUGUGCUGCUGAAUCUCCUCAUUGCCAUGAUGAAUCAUUCCUAUCAGAUCAUCUCAGAUCAAGCUGAUACUGAAUGGAAGUUCGCAAGAAGCAAACUAUGGAUCUCUUAUUUUGAAGAAGGUGGAACCGUUCCCCCGCCUUUCAAUGUUGUGCCAACUCCAAAGUCUAUUUACUAUUUGUUGAAAUGGGUGCUGAAUCGACUGUGUGGGAAAACAUCAGCCGGGAAGAAACAGUAUUUGCAAACUGUACGACGGAAAGCGAAGCACGCGUCAGACAGAGACACGCGGUACCAGGGAAUCAUGAAAAACUUGGUGAGACGUUACGUGACUCAGCAACAGUGCAAAGCUGAUAAGCAAGGAGUCACUGAAGACGACGUGAAUGAAAUCAAGCAGGACAUUUCCUCAUUCCGGUUCGAAUUGAUCGAGAUUCUCAGAAAUUCUGGAAUGAAAACUGGAAAUGCUGGAGGCUCAGCACUUGGAGGAACCGGGGGAAAGAAGAACAAGCAGCGCGAACGUCGUCUGAUGAAAGGCAUGUUCGACAUCAACACGGCGUCCAUCAACUCGACCAAGUCGUCGAUCGUCAGCAGUUCGUUACGCAACACUCGCCGGAAAGCGUUGCCACCGGGCACGAAAAUCGCGAGCCCCGUGGCGGCACUCACGAGUUCCCUGACGAUGGACGAAGACGUGGAGUCUGACGACGGCGGCGUCGGUGUCGGUGUCGGAGGCGGCGGUCGACAGCUCCGGACUGACAAGAAAACAGCGUCGGCCAUCACGCGAAUGGUGCAUUUGGCGAGACGUGUCGGUGCUCAGUCGGCCAUCACGAAACGACGCUGGGGCACUUUGAUGGAAGCUGCCAAAACCGGAAGUUUCCUCGGCAGUCUUUCCAGACAAGAACAGGGCAAAGAAGGCAGGAGACGACAAGCUCAAAGAAGACACACUGGUGACGAUGACGACGACGAAGACAGAAAAACAACCGGUUCUGCUUCCGAUGCGUCUACGACACCUCAAGACGAGGAACUAGGCUUGGGUCCUCAUCGAAGCCCAGCCCACGACCCUCGCCGCAAGCGUCGUCAGUGGCAAGAAACCCGGGCUCAUCAUCCGGGCACGACUACCGGCAAAAAGCAUCACUGUGCUGCCGACGACGACGCUGUCGACAGCAAUGACGGCGCUGUCGCUGCUGGCAGCUGGGACCCCAUGUUCCCCGAUAAAUUGGCCGUCCGUAGGUCGAGUUCGGAACCCGUGCACGACGCCUUCUACAAGGCAGUCAUCAAGGAAGGCGUCCUGUUGGACCCACUUUCUUCCCUGCGAGCAGCUGCUGCGGCUGCUUCCACUGCGACUUCUUCAGGUUUCAUGAGCCUUCAGCAGCAGCCCGGUCCGCGUCUACUUCGUCAGCAGACGCUGAAGCGUUCUUUCGCGAAGGCCAGAGGUCGUGGUGGUCGUUUUGAAAGGGCGCAGUUCUUCCCACGAGCCCUUGCUAGGAACAGGGCCAACACUGCUGGUGUUGCCACCGUUGUCGCCGUGUUCCCGGGACGGCGGCAACGCUGCGACUUCCUUGUCAAUCACGUCCAGGGCCAGGGCGUUCAUGUUGCCCAGACGGCAUCGUCGUCGGGCCAGGCGCAGAUGAAGCAGUCGUCUGCGACUUCGCAAGAAAGCGCUUCCGGUCUCCAGCACCACCAGCAAAACUUUCCCGGCAGUUCUUCCCACGAGCCCUUGCUAGGAACAGGGCCAACACUGCUGGUGUUGCCACCGUUGUCGCCGUGUUCCCGGGACGGCGGCAACGCUGCGACUUCCUUGUCAAUCACGUCGUCCCGGUCCCGCAAGUACAACGGGUCUGCCGUCAUCCCGAAACUGGGCAUCGAACCCGCCGACAAGGAUAUGCAAGCUGGCUGGCUUUGA